AUACGAUCCGGUACAGUUGUAUUGAAGCGAUAUGGAUGCUAAUACGAAUGCAGCUUUGGAUCCCUGGGAGAAUGUACCAAGUGUUCAAGCUAGCAUAACAAGGUCUUUAUCCAACCUUUCCGGAAACUUACCAAGAUCAGCCUCGCAAAUUAAGAAAUCUCCCUCAGUGCCAUCAAGAUCAUCUUCAAAGAUUGUUCAUACCCAGGUAUCUCUAGACGAUGAAACAAAUAGUAUUAAAGUUGCAUUGGCUGAGGAGGGAGGAACGGGCUGUCCUCCACCAAUUGAUGAGGAAGCCAAAGAAAAAGACAGCUACGUAGACGAUGACGAAAUAAAAUUGCAAGAAAGUGGUGAAUACGAAUAUAUAUAUCAAGAAGAGCCAAAUUGUUGCAAAAGAGGAGUGGCAACAGUUCAAAAUGCGGCUCAUUCAUUUUGUCAUAGGAAUAAACGUAUUAUUAAAUAUAUUGCAUCCACUAUUGUCAUCAUAGCAUAUGUCGUAUAUUUAUUUUUUGCUCUAUGGCAUGAUUUUCAAUUGGCCCAACCUCUUGCCAUUAUUACUGCAUUAAUAGUAGGAGGAGCAAUUUUCACAAGGAUUUCGCGAAAAUGGGGUGAUCAAAUUCAUGGAUUUCUUUGCCAUCCAAUUAAAGUAUUGAACGAACACAAGAAAUUGGUAAUAGCAUUUCGAGUAGCCGUCUACACCCUCCUUGUAAUUGGAAUCAUAUUGUUUCUGGUCAUUGACGUGGGAGCAGACCGAUUACGAUUGACAUCGGCCAGUGGCAUGGUCUUUCUCGUUUUAAUAGUCUAUUUCACCUCCACUAAUCCUGCUAAAGUAAACUGGAGACCUGUUGUAUGGGGAUUAGUACUGCAAAUUAUUCUGGGUUUUAUCAUUCUUCGUUGGGAAGAUGGAUAUAAAUUCUUCCAGCUGGCUGGUAAUAAAACAGAGACGUUUCUGAGCUUUGCAGAUAAAGGAUCCGAAUUCGUAUUUGGUGCAAAAGGCAUCAAGGAUCAUCCUAUGGCUAUGCAGGUCUUCCCGAUUGUAAUCUAUUUCAGUGCCAUAACGAAUAUUUUCUAUUAUUUGGGAAUUAUGCAAUGGGUCGUCCGAAAAGUAUCAUGGUUAAUGCAGUUUACCAUGGGAACGACAGCUAUAGAAUCGUUGAAUGCAGCUAUGAAUAUAUUCAUUGGAAUGGCCGAAUCUUGCGUCGUACUUAGGCCUUUUAUACCAAGGUUAACUCGAUCUGAACUGCAUGCUGUUAUGACGGGGGGUUUUGCAACAGUUGCCGGCUCCUAUAUCGCUCUCUUGAUAAAGGUAGGAGCCGAAGGUGUACAUUUAAUGUCCGCGGCUAUUAUGUCGGCUCCGGCCGCUUUAGCUAUCGCAAAGCUAAGUUAUCCGGAAACUGAGGAAUCUCAUACGAAAACUGAGGAAGACGUCUACUUGGAAAAGAUGCCGGCUAAGAACUUUAUGGAAGCUGCUUCAAACGGUGCCAUAUCUGCAAUUAAAGUUGUUGCAUCUGUUGCGGCAAAUUUAAUCGCCAUAAUAGGUUUGUUAACUUUCCUUGAUUCUACAUUGGCCUGGUUCGGAGCGAAGGUUGGCUAUGAAGAGCUUAACUUUCAGAUUCUUUGCUCCUACUUUUUCUAUCCUUUGGCUAUUAUCAUGGGAGUACCUAUUGAGGAUGCGCAUAAGGUUGCAGGAGUUAUUGGAAAGAAAGUUUUUGUAGAUGAAUUACUCUCCUUCCAAGAACUCGUAAAACUCAUAGGAGACAAAGCUAUAUCGCAUCGGGCAUGUGUCAUAGCUACGUAUGCUUGUUGCGGCUUCGGUUCCAUAGCCGCAAUUGGCGUUUAUAUAGGCGCUAUGGCUGCUGUAGCACCUUCUAUGAAACCAAUUAUUGUUGAAAUAGCCCCAAGAGCGAUGAUAAAUGGAAAUAUUGCUGGCUUUAUGACUGCGUGCAUUGCUGGUGUUCUAUACAAAGAAGAUAACGUAAAAUUUCAAACACCAGGAGAACCGUUCGACGUUAUGGACUAUAUCGAAAAGCAUGCAUUAGUAGUCAAGUCACUAAUUGAAGAUUGGAUAUCAAAUAAUAAUUACACAUCUAAUUCAUUAAUGUUUGAAAAUAUAACUUCUUCUACACAAUCUAUGAUUACUUAAGCUUACAUCGUAAAAUCAAACAAAGUUUGUAUAUUAAAAAGCAUAAAAGUAAAUUAUUGGGCAUGCCCGCGUGCCUUUACUCAAUUUUUAUUUAUAUUCAUUCAGCAUUAGUGUUAACUGCAUAUUAAAACUUAUUUGGGAAUAAUAGAUAGCCUUUUCACUUAUCUAUACAUAUAUAUAUAUAUAUUACAUAAUAUUUAUAUCUCUCUGCUUGCUCUCUAAUUUACAUAUGCAAAAGUGUAUGUCGUAUUUUAUUGGUAAUUUGUAUAAUGUUUACGAAAUUUAAACUACGUAGAUAUGAUACUUUAUGUCAAUGUAAACUUAUGUUAUCUACAGUGUGGGAUAUAAGAAGUUUGUAGAUAAAUAAAGUUGAAUGACUUUCAAUUUGCUUAAUUGGUGAAAGUUUUAACAAAUAUAGAAUGAACAUUAAAUUAAAAUUUAGCAGUUAGUUUUGAUGUUAUAUUUCUGUGACUUGUAAAUUCGUCUUUUACUUGGAAAUGGAGCUGCUAGUCAUGCAUUCUGUGUCUAUAUUGAUAAUUAUCUUGUAAUAUAAACUCAAUAUCAAUAUUGAAGUAUUUUACACGAUAUAUGACGAUAGAAUACAAAUUUACAGUGCAAAAAUAUUCAAAUAUGAUCACAUGAUAAAGAAAGUAAAAAGAGUAUUUUCAAUCCUUCC